UUCGAUACCUUCAAAAACCUGCGUUUCUCGUCCCCUUUUCAUUGCAUCACGAUCGCAUUUGCGGUCGCAUUUCCGAACUUAUCUCGCUGCAGCGCCGAAUUCGUCCAACGUGCGACGACCCGGAAUCUUCGAUUCUUUCGUCAAAUUGAGACAACUUCGAGUUACAAUUUCGAGUCCGAGCGCGUCAGAGACUUAUUCUUCGAACAGUACGCGCGAGUUACUUAUGCAUAAUCUUGUAGAUUAGGAAAUGUUUUCCUAACCGACCGCGCGUUUUGAACAUCGCGCCCAUUCAGCUGCCGUGGCCGCAGUCGUUGAGCUGCGCUGACGCCGGCGUCGCAGCCAUCGUCGGCUGUCAUGGCGUCGUCGCGAGUGUCGGCUCGUGUUUAGUUUCUGAUGCGGAGUCGACACGAUUUCGAUAUCCGUUGUAACCUUCUCAAGGAGGAAUUCCCGGCGCGGACGUGAUGUUUGGCCGAGCAUCGUCCAAUCAUCGCUGAGAGCCGCACGUUCAAACGAAAAUAAGGCAAAAUGUUGCGAAAGACCAGAAAGCGAAAGUCGGAGGACGAAGACCAGGCGGCAGCCGAUGGAACAGAGCAGGAUAAUAAUUUCUUCUCCGACGAGAUACGAGAGGAAAUGGAGACAAUGUGGGAGAUACCGCAAAUUUUCCACUUUCUCCAUCUGACGAAGGAAUCUCUCAAUAUACCUCAGUUGUCUAUGUACGAAAUGGAGAGGAUGCUGUCGAUACCGAGAGCGUCGAAGCAGUUAGCAAACAUCAUGACGUCUCUGUUAAGUUCUCCAAUUACCAAAGCGAAGCUACGCAAGGUACCACCGAUGCCAUACGAAUUUUGGACCAACAUCCUGGCGCACAAAAUAGCGAGUUGGUUCAAAGUUUAUCACGCUAAGCACGAAGAUGCCACCAAAGUUCUAGAGACUAUCGGUGUCGAGCCGGAGUUUUGGAGCAUCUUCCCCGACGCUUCGUUGCUCGACGGCAAAGACUUCGAGAAUCUGAGCUUCAAGCAGAGAGUCUGGCUACUGAAAACCGUCUGUGAUACGAUCAUGCAUACGAGGAAAACGGUGCAGGAGGACAUGGCGAAGCAACCGUGGGAGGACCAAUUCGAGACGGUUAUGGGGGUCGACCGUUACGGGGCGAGAUAUAUUUAUUUUCCGCAAUUCAUCGUGAACGAUCUCAGGAUUUACAGGCUUUGUCUGGACAAUAAAAUCUUAUUGACCGUCAGGCCUGUCAGACCAAAGCAAGAGGCGAACUUGGAAGCGGCUAGUCCGCUUCACGCCAAGUUCAAUAGAUACAGAAUGAGGAGAACGCAAUCUAGCAAUAACAGCAACAACAGCAAGAACUCGUCGGAACAAACGAAUAAUAGGCGCGAGAGUAGGCUCGAGGAUAAAGAGUUACUUAGUUACAAGUCGUCUAACAACGACAGCGCGACGAGCUCGUUCAUCAGCGAGGACACGAAUCUAAGUAGCACGAGCACGUGUAGCAAUAACAACAAUAUCAGUCUAGACGCGGUGAACAGAAAGCGUUGCAGGAGCCUGUCGAAAACGUCCGACGAGAGUACGCUGUCGAACGCGAGAUCCAGCGGUUAUGACACCAACACUUCCAGCGACAACAGGUCUCUCGACGACGACGACAUUAAGAUGUUCAAAGGCUUCUCCAACGUUCAGGGCGACAAUUGUAAGAUCGGGAUGAUCAACGAGAUAUUGGACGACUUGAAGUCGGAGAUCGACGAGGAUGUGAAGACGAACGGGUGCGAGAGCGACACCAGGAGCAGCGGUUUGACGUCGCAAGAGGACUUCGAAGGCUUGUGCAAAAAGGCGACGGGCGUUGAAGCAAUGUUGACUGUUAAGAAAGACGAGAAUGAACGCUCGAUUGACACUGUGAGUGGCGGCACUUCCAAGACGGACGAUGAGAAGCUGAACGACAUGAUCAGUGCCGAGAGUUCCAAGUUACCCGCCGGCGUAUGUUCCAAACGUGUCUCAGCCGGUGAUAAUAUAUCAACGUCGUCCAAGUCGGACGACGAGAAGCUGAGUGAAACGAAAACCAACAAUGGCAAUAUUAGCGAUAAUUGUAAGAGGAACGGUAUAAGUAAAGGUAGAACUUUUAACGGGUCGCUACGCGAAUCCUUUAGCAAUAACGCGUCGUUGAGUGGAAAAGUGGCUAAGCGUAGAAGCGGAGCGAACAUUUCCUCGACGAGCAAGGUAAAGUCGAACGAUUCGAGCCGGGAGAGGAGUCCGCCCAAGAGACAGCUGAGGUCGUCUCGACACCGAGCGGCGCAGCAUGACGCGAAAGACAAAGCCGAAGAGGUGAAGAAGAGGGAAGAAGGCGAAGGUGAGGCGGAGAAGAAGGAGGAGAAGAAACGGACGGAGUCGAUAGACGAUGCGGACGAAAAUUCGUCCGCAGUCCGUGCGCGGUUAGAAGAGGCCAUGAAUGACGGUGAUUCGGACGAUGAUUACGCGAAUUCGGAGAAUGGUAUUAACGGUUACAAUUUGCGAAGAUCCAGGAGCCUGAAGACGAACGAGUGCAAAGAACACUUCAACAAACUGCUCUCGGAUCUCGGCGUUUGCGAUUUUCAAUUAGUGGCCGACAGCGUAGAAGGACUGAGGGAUCUUAUUGCUAAUUUCAUGGAGCCCGAUUUGAAGAACACUUCCACCGAUACCGCCGAUAUUAUUCCUCUGUGCGAAAUCAAGUUGGUGAAGAAACUGACCGAGUUGCUGGCUUCCCUGGAAGGCAUGGAGGCCACCUUAAAGGAUGCCGCGCGAAAAGCGAAGUCGAAGUUGCAGAGGGAAUGGUCUAAUUUUAAGGAAGGCAAUGUGGAGGAUCAGGAUUCAUCCGGUGAGGGUGGUCUCAGCUCUAAUUGGUGGGUUCUUGGAUCGCAGGGCUGUCCACUGUCAGCUCCCGGAGACGCAACGUUACAAACGUUACCGCAGCCUGCCCUAUCCCCACUUGGCUCCCAAAGCCAACAGCCGCGACUCGAAAGCAGCGAGCACGAGAGCGCGGGCAAGAAGCAGGGCCGCCGCGAGAGCCAGGAGAGCGACGGCAGCGAACGACAGCGAAACGACGGCGAGAAAGCGGAAGUCCUCGAGGUCGAGGGGAGAGAGCAAGAGGCCGGAGGAAAGGAACAGGAGCGAGAACGCAAGCGGGAACGUAAAUGCAAAGAGAACGAGAUCGCGUCUAAUGACGAAGAUUCGGAACAACAGACGCGACGAGUGCUACGAGCACGCGGCGUCUCCUCGUACACCGAGCAAUUUUACUCAGACGAUGAAAGCGACCAGAACGAGCUGGAGGAAUGGACCGACGUUGAGGCAGUCUACGCGGCUCCCGGCGCACCGGCCGAUACAUCCGCUCCUCACGCUGCUCCGAAAGUCCGACACACUGACAACUGGUCGGAUACGGAGGACUCAGACCAAGAUUGGCUUCUACCGGGCACUCGCAAAAGGAAAAAUAAACGUCCGUCUGCCAAUCGAAGGUUAAAGUCGUUUCAACACAAGCUGCAGAACAUCCGGGAGAAUACACUGCAGAGCGGUAUGGCGUCCGGCGCGCCCAGUCCCGCGAGGACCGGCAAGGAUAAGCCCCGAGAGACGAAGGACGGUGACAAAGAGCCCAGGACGCAAACCCCGACCGAUUCCGCGCGCAACUCGAACGGCCGCGAGCGUUGUAUCGCGGCGACGCCCGCGGAUCCCAAGCAAGCGGUGCCUUCCACGAACGCGAUCUGCAAGAUCGAGACGGUCGGUAGCGUGCAUUCCGAGCUGGACAUCAAAGACGAAGGGCCGAUUUACGAGCCCGGCGGGGCUCAGUACGUCGAGAACAACUACGGUGCGCAGCAGAGCUACGCGGUGAAGACGAGCGGAGCCGGUUCGAGGCCCGUCAACUACUACAUGAUACCGCAGAACGUCGGCGUGCCGAACAUGCCGGUGAUCACCCAGCAGAACUACUACGUGCAGAAAACGCCGAAUUACAUAAUCCGCAGGGAUCCGCAGGUGAACUUCAUGCCGUCGUCGACUCAGCAGCAGUCGCAGCCAACCGUGGUCUACCAGCAACGGGCGAUAUUGGCCCAACCAACGUUCGUGAACAACGUCACUUACGCGCCGUACGCGACGCAAUCCCAGUACACGAUGAUCGCCGCCAAGCCUCCGAUGACGAACCAGCAGCCGAGGCCGCAGAACCGACCGGCCGGUCAGCAAAACAGGCACAUCAUGCUGCGACCGCCUAACGUCAUCAUCAGGAACAACGCCGUCAACUGUCCGCGGCCCGCCGGCAACCCGAAAUCUGUAAGAGGCAAUGUGCAACGUACGGGCAACCCGAACGCGGUGCAGAGGCGCCGGCAAGCGCCGCAGACCUCCACGGACGGUAAAGGUCAGAAGACCACGUCCUUGAUCGUGCUGAGCGACAGCGACGACGAGAUCGAGAUGAUCAUCACGGAGAAGAGCAACGCCGGCAAAGGCCCGGACAGGAGCAAAGCCUCGGCAUCUUCGAGGAGCGCGGACUCGGCGAAGCAGAAGCCCACCAUCACCUCGGACACCCUGAUCCCGUCGGCGAAGGGCCUGAUACCGCCGCAGAUCCUCGAGCGAAUGAACCAAGGCGGCAUCUCCAUCACUCCGGUGAAGAGCCCCGCUCCGCAGACCGCUCCGAACGCGAACACACAGCUGGUGGUGGUCGUGAACGAAACCGGGAGUCACUACGCGUUAGCGCUGCCGAACGGCAGCAAGCUCAUACUCACGCCGGAGCAGGUGGCGCAGAUCAGGGCGUCGAACGGCGGCAAACUCAUCUUGUAAAAGUGCGCGUCUAUGUGUGUGUGUGUGUGAAUACAAACGGUAUUCGUAGUCGGAUCUUGUAUUCGGGAUCGUCUCAUCCCCACCUGCUGCACGAGGCAUUCGAUGAUGAAAUCUUGAGGCGAUCUUUGUUAAGGGAAAUUUGCGAAGUCCCGACCGUAUUUCCGCGAGAAUAUUGUCUCCUCGCUUCCAAAUCGACGACGACCGCGGCGGCGGAGCCUUGAAUAUAAGAUCGGACUAUGAAUACACUGCCUCCGACUCGUUUCCUAAUCCGUCGCGAACCAGGAUGAUUUGCGACUGCUAAGCAAAUGUGAUACGCGACGGGUCGGUAAGGUAAAUGUCGCCGAUCGCCGGACAUGUGACCUCCCCCCCGUAUCCGGACGAGAACUUCUCACUGUUGAAAAUCUCCAAUUAUUCAAGGUUUGCUUCUAUCAUUGUGUUCAGCAUGUCAACUCGAUCACAUGUGUAUCUGCUUCAUGCGUAUUACGAUUUAUGUAUGCAGCACGUUAUGACAGAAUUGCACGAGCUCACGUUACUAAAACGCGACAGCUGUACGCAUCAGUCUCGAUUAUAGAGAAAAGUUAUAUAUUUCAUCCUAAAUAUAUCAUUUAUAAAGUGUAUAUAAAGAAAUGUCACGAUCAUCGCGGAAUCUUUAUGAAUAGGUCACGCAUCAUUCUCAUCGAUCGCAAUCGUUUUAGCCGCAUAAUAACUCUGUCCGGAUAUUGGGUCGGGGAAGUCGAACAAUCGGGGGUCAAACAAUUGAUCGGGUAUUAAUUCGCUCGUAUUAAAAUUUGUAUUCCUUUUUGAACAACUUAAUAAGCACGCGUAUAUCUUUCGAUGUGUUGUGUAUAAUUCGAAAUUUGUACACUUCAUCUGUCAAUGAAGUAUAUGAUUAGAUUAUCUGUGAUUAGAUAUAUUUUAUAGCGUGUAUCAUAAAAAUCGCACAAUCUCGGCCCUGCGUUGUUGAAUUUGUCCUGCUGUUAGGACGUUUACCUUAACUUUUUAUUUGUUCUUUUUUUUCUCUCUCUCUCUCCUUCCAUACAUUGUGAAUUUAGUCACUAGUUAGGCGGUAAGAACCGGAAAAACAGAACUGACGUUGCAGAAUUGUUCGGAGAGAAAGUUAACUUAAAGAUCCUAAAUGGAAUAUGUAUUUAUGUGAGGCAGGCAGUUUUAGCGCGAUGCAAGUGAAAUUUCCCGUUAUUCUGAUGUACAAUCCCAAGGUAUUGUUUCUUCUGGUUAAGUUCCCGCGGUGUACAGUUCACGUGAUACUAUUAAGUAUAGUAUACGGCGUUGCGAAGCGCGAAUUAACGAGCUCCCAUGAAUCGUAGAAACUCAUAUUAAUUUCUUCGUACCUCUGCGUUUGGAGAAUUCCACUGAGAAUACUAAAGAAUUGUAAUAAUUAAUAUAUAUCCGAUUGUUAGAGUAAGACAUGUGAAAUAAGAUCUUCGUCAUCGGCAAAUUCGCCGCAUUACCGCCGUCACGUAAGAUUUAUCGCAAAUCGCGCUCGCGACGUUUGUAAAAAAUGUGUACAGGAAAUCCGUUUGGCUUGCAAUACGGCGAAAAGAAAUCGAAUGAACUGUGUUCAGCACACACACAAUUCGCAACCGACACUAAUUUUGUAAGACGACGACAGACGCUCACGAAAAGAUAUAUAUAUAUAUAUAUAUAUCAUUAGUUAUGUCUCAUAUAUUUAUAGCGAACCAAAUUAUUGAAAUUUCACGAAAAAAAUGUCAGGUAGACUGUCCGGCCUCUGCCGGACGAUAAAAAAGACAAAAAGUAUUAAUUAGCGCGCGUUUCUUAGAGAAAAAAUUAUAGUGCAUAAUUGAAUGACUAAUUUUUACAUGUAGUUCGUAAGGCCGUUAUUCGCAGUAACGAUAAGCGCACCGGGUUGACAAAUUAUAAGGCGGCCUCUCGGCUCGAGACGAAUCUCGAUUGAGAUUUCAACUCGUCCAGUGUAUCUGACACACACACACACACACACACAUCUUCGACUAAAUACCGCAACGUAAAUUAUAUUGUAACCCGCUCCAACAUCGGGGAACUAUUCUUGAGGAUGUCAUCCUAUAAUAAAUGUAUUAAUAUAUUGA